UUUCUUUUUCCCCCGAAAGCUCUCGCGGCGAGCGACGGUGGAAAGGAGGGGAAGAAGGAGUGUUUUGUGCGUGUCAGUGUGUAUGUCUGUGUGUGUGUGAGAGAGAGAGGGAGGGAGGGAAGGCGAGAGAGAAGGGGGGGCGAGUAGGUGCGCGUGCGCAGCCCAUAGCUGUCAUCGGCGUAAGAAACAACAAGUCCCACCAAGCGAGGGGACGCAAAUAGUUACAACCGCGGUCGGAAGUGCGGUGGCUCUUGACAGGCGGCGUUCUUGGCUUCGACGCAUCCGACCCUCAGUCUCACGUACAGGUGGAAAGAAGCCUGUUUAUUGUGUUGAUGUAGACGACAGAUAUCAAAUUAGCAGGUGCAACACAGAGCAGCCAUGGCUGCUCAGUCAUUGGACCCUCCACCGAAUCCAAGCUGUAAAAUCAUGACUUUUCGUCCUACAAUGGAUGAAUUCAGGGAGUUUAACAAGUACUUGGCUUACAUGGAAUCAAAAGGUGCUCAUCGUGCUGGAUUGGCAAAGGUGAUUCCUCCUAAGGAGUGGAAGCCAAGGAAAAGUUAUGAUGACAUUGAUUGCUUGAUGAUUCCAGCACCAAUUCAGCAAAUGGUUACUGGUCAGUCAGGCCUCUUCACUCAGUACAAUAUUCAGAAGAAGCCAAUGACUGUGAAGGAGUUUAGGCAACUUGCUAACAGUGGCAAAUACUGUACUCCAAGACAUUUAGACUAUGAAGACUUAGAGCGUAAAUACUGGAAGAACUUAACUUUUGUAGCACCAAUUUAUGGAGCAGAUAUUAAUGGAAGCAUAUAUGAUGAAAAUGUUAAUGAAUGGAAUAUUGCUCAUCUUAAUACUAUACUCGAUGUUGUAGAAGAAGACUGUGGGAUCUCGAUAGAGGGAGUCAACACUCCAUAUUUGUAUUUUGGCAUGUGGAAAACAACAUUUGCAUGGCACACUGAAGAUAUGGAUCUCUACAGUAUUAAUUAUCUCCACUUUGGAGAACCCAAAUCCUGGUAUGCUAUUCCUCCAGAACAUGGAAAGCGACUUGAACGACUAGCUCAAGGAUUUUUCCCAAGCAGCUCUCAAGGAUGUGAUGCUUUUCUACGCCAUAAGAUGACCUUAAUUUCUCCCUCAAUUUUGAAAAAAUAUGGAAUUCCUUUUGACAAAAUCACACAGGAGGCAGGAGAAUUCAUGAUCACUUUCCCAUAUGGAUACCAUGCAGGAUUUAAUCAUGGUUUCAACUGUGCAGAAUCAACAAAUUUUGCAUCAAUUAGAUGGAUUGAUUAUGGAAAAGUAGCUAAAUUGUGUACUUGCCGGAAAGACAUGGUAACUAUAUCAAUGGAUAUCUUUGUGAAAAAGUUUCAACCAGACAGAUAUCAUCUGUGGAAACAAGGGAAGGAUUUAUAUACUAUUGAUCAUACAAAGCCAACUCCUGAAAUGACACCCGAGGUAAAGGCCUGGCUGCUGAGAAGAAAGAAAACAAAGAGAUCUUCCAGGUGCUUCCAGCACACCCGAUCACGAUCAAAAAAGCUUAAAACUCCAGAGGACAAGAAGGUAUCAACCAUAGUGGUUGGUACAGAAAUCACAGCUACUGAAGCAGCUACAGAUAGCUUCAAGGUCAAAGAAAAGCCAUCAGAAAAAGUAAAUCCAGUAAACACAGGAGUGCCUUCUGGGGAAGAAGAAGACACAAGCUGGAUGCAGAUAGAUCAGAAUUUAUUGGAUAACAAAAAGGUCCCAGAUCACAACUCUUCAAGUUCACAACAUAGUCAUAGUCCUCUAAUGAAAAAAAUACAAUUAGAAAUUGAAGAGAAAGAAGUCUUUGUGCCAACUUGUUCAGAGGAAUCUACCCUGGCUUUGUGUUCACCUGCUAGCUGUAAUCAGGAUGAAGAUUUUAUAACUUCAACAACUUCAGGACGGACACUUGAGUAUCUUUCUUCAGAAGCUGAGAAUUUGGAGAAAGAAGAAACUAGCAGCGUUUCUACUGAAGAGGGUGAUGUUAGUGAUGGUGAAAGCAGUGAAAAUGGCUUGGAACCAGGAGAAAUAUCACUAGUAACUGAAGGAGAAAGAACAACAACGUCUAAAAGUUGGCGUCAUCCACUGAAUAAACCCCCUGCCAGAUCGCCUAUGACGCUGGUUAAACAGCAGGCAAUCAGUGAUGAAGAACUGCCAGAGGCUCUCUCAAUUGAAGAGGAAAUACAAGAAACAGAGUCCUGGGCCAAACCUCUUGUCUACCUUUGGCAGAACAGGGCACCAAAUUUCACUGCUGAAAAGGAAUACAAUGCAUCUGUUGCCAAACUGGAACCUUAUUGUGCCAUAUGCACACUCCUCAGGCCUUACUAUAAGCCUGACAAAACUAAUGAAGAAAUCUAUGCUUCCUCAGAAACAAAACAAAGAGAAAAGUUUGUGGCCAGCGAAAAGACAAAACCACUUAUUCCAGAGAUAUGUUUUAUUUAUAGUGAAGAAAAUACGGAAAACUAUCCAUCUAAUCGCCUUGUUGAAGAAGAUGGAACAAGUCUGCUGAUAUCCUGUGCAAAGUGUUGUGUACAGGUCCAUGCAAGUUGCUAUGGUGUUCCUUCCAAUGAAAUCCAUGAUGGAUGGCUGUGUUCUCGAUGCAAAAGAGGAGCCUGGACAGCUGAGUGUUGUCUCUGUAAUUUGAGAGGUGGUGCACUCAAGCAAACUACUGACAAAAAGUGGGCUCAUGUCAUGUGUGCAAUCGCUAUUCCUGAAGUCAGAUUUGGUAAUGUCAUAGAAAGGACACCUAUAGACACAUGCAGGAUACCUUUGCAGAGAUUAAAAUUGAAAUGUGUCUUCUGUCGACAAAGAAUUAAGAAAAUAUCUGGUGCCUGCAUACAAUGUUCUUAUGGACGGUGUCCAGCUUCUUUCCAUGUUACAUGUGCGCAUGCUGCAGGGGUGCUGAUGGAACCAGAUGACUGGCCUUACGUUGUCUAUAUUACAUGUUUCAGGCACAAAAUCAGUCAGAAUGUGAAAACCAAAGCCUUUGAAAAAGCUAUCACAGCUGGGCAAACAGUCAUCGCAAAACACAAGAAUACACGAUACUAUAGCUGCAGAGUAACAGAAGUUACGUCUCAAGUUUUCUAUGAAGUCAUGUUUGAUGAUGGUUCCUUCAGCCGAGACACUUUCCCUGAAGACAUUGUAAGCAGAGACUGCCUGAAGCUGGGUCCCCCUACAGAGGGAGAAGUUGUUCAAGUGAAGUGGCCUGAUGGAAAACUUUAUGGUGCAAAAUAUCUUGGAACCAACGUAGCUUACAUGUACAAUGUAGAGUUUGAAGAUGGCUCUCAGAUAGCAACAAAGAGGGAAGAAAUCUACACUCUUGAUGAAGAGCUUCCCAAAAGAGUGAGAGCUCGAUUUUCUACAGCUUCUGAUAUGAGAUUUGAAGACACAUUCUAUGGAGCUGAUAUUAUCCAGGGACAAAAGAAGAGGCAGAGGGUAUUGAGCUCCAGGUUUAAGAAUGAGUACGUGGAUGACCCCGGCUAUCGCAGCUUCCUGAAAACCUCAUUCCAAAAGAAGUGCCAGAAGGGGCUAUAAAGGAAGGAACGAACUCACGCUCACCUGCUCUUUCUCUUUGUGUGGGGAAGAGAUGAAAUGUAUUCAGUGUGGGGUAAAGGAAACAGACAGAGACUGUCAUCAUUUUGAUGUUCUUUCUUUAUGUCAGGUUAUGGUUGAAAUGUUUCUUGAAGUUAUCAAGAGUUCUACCUAAAUAUAUUUUGGACUCAUGUAACCUGCUUAAUUUCAGGGCCCCAGUCUUGGGAGAAUAUUUGAAUCAGACUUCUCCAAAUGUCUGACUUACAUUAAGGGUGAUCGGUAUAACACCGGCAAUCAGGAGCCCUGGCAAAGAACAAGCCUAAGAACCACAGUUCCACAAAUCGGUGCGUGUGGACUCUUGCCUUCCGCCAGCAGUUGCAAGAGGCCUUCCACCUCUCCCUUUAACGAUUUGUAUAUUUUCCAAAGUUCCACCAGUUUGCUUAGGAACAUCUUAAACGUAUGAAAUAUACAUCUACAUUCUCAAACAAGUGCAAGUACAAAGAGCACUGAGAUCUGCAAACGCUGUGCUGUCAUAACGUUGUACAGUGCUUUCCGUGCUGUUGAUGCCUUCACUGCUUUCAGUCCACUCUGGCUAGGAUUCAGUUUUUCACAUGGCUUUUGGGCAGGGAGGGGAUGUUAAUGAGCAAAGGGCAGGUGCUUCUAAAGAAGGAGAUCUUCAGGAAAGGAAAGGGGUUAUAUUCUAUUUAAAGAGGGAAAUUUUUGGCAUCUAUUUUUAAACUUUUUUUCAUGAUACUCUUGUGGGGGAGGGGGAAGCAAUUUGUACAAUAAAAUGUCUUUCAUUGUAUUUGUAAAAUUAGAGUUUACAUAUCUUUCCUUGGCAGGCUAAUUUUGAACUAAUGUAAUAUAGUAAUAUAAUUUGGUCCUCCCUUUUUAAAUAAUAGUCUGCAAAUGUAAUAGUGUUUGAAAUAAAUAAAUGAUUUCCCUUUGCUUA